AUUAGUUGGAGAAAGUGCAGAAAACAUGAACAUGUUGUUUCUGACAACUAGAGAAUUUCAUAUUAUGAUGAGAUGAGGAUAAAACAUGACAAUUUCAUUAUAUGUGUGGACACUUGGAGGACAAUAGAUGAUACAUGUUUUAGUAACAUGUGACUAGAUGUCAAGUGAUAUGGAUUAUUUACUAAACAUAGGACAUUGCAAAAUGGAGGGCUAAUAACAGGGAUAGAAAAAAAAAUUUUUUGUAAAGAACUAGAUAUGAUAGCUUCAGGGAUAUUGGUGGAAAGGAUGUAUAUUUAAAUUAUCAGAAAAUGUCUGAGGUGUCGCAUCACAAGCGCAAACGGCAUGCCAAGACAGCCAAAUCCAGGGAUGGUGUCAACAAACGAGCAUUAAAGCAGCUGCAUAAAACUGUGACCAUUGUCACAAUAAUAAACAAAUUGAAGAAACGUAAAGAUGGUGGUACGCCAGAGAAAAGUCAGACACCCAAUCCUGAUGAGGCAUCUGAGGAUAGUGGACCUGCACAGACCAAGAAUGUCAUCACAGGUGCCGAUGUCCUCAGUUUGGCUAUCAAGGAGGAUGACCUCCUCAAAUUGAGAGAGCCACACCCCCCAGAGACUAAGAAGACUCCUGUUACUCAGCCAGUGGUGGUCAGGAAAAGAAAACCGCAGUCGGAACUGGAUAAACCAACACCGAGAGUAGUUACAGUGGCCAGACCUGCUCCACCAAAUGCACCCAUCAAGCCUGUUGACACCAGUGUCACAGGUCCUAGAUUUGAUGCAAUGGGAAAUGUGAUUCCACACAGCAUUCUUGGGACACUAGAAGACUUCAAGAAAGAGGCAGAGAGGAGGGGAGAGUCAGUGAGCUUUGAGAUCCCAGAGAGAUUAAAGGUCCACACACCUACUGUGAAGUAUGAGAAGAAGAAGAAAGCCAGCUCUCACCCCAGGUACCAGAGUGUGGAUGAGACCAAUGCACUGGUGAACUGGCAGAAAAAGAUGCUGGAGAGGAAGAAACAGCAGGGCUAUAUAUCCAAACUUCUUCAAAAAUCAGAAGAUACCCUGCUUAUGAACCAUGGAGACAACUACAGGAAAAAACAGGAGGAGCGCUACCUGAUAGACAGAACAAUACCCUCCAUGGAUUAUGGAAAAGGAUAUCGAGUUGGAAGUGAAUUCUGGAAGCAACAAGAAAGAAUUGGCGAUGACCUGGAAGGAAUGCACAUGACUUUGACCCAAACAGAGCGUGGGUACCCACCACCUAUUGAACAUGUCGGGGUACCAACCAUGAUUAAAGAGGAGAAAGGUGUGUAUUGGAGUAAGCCCAGCACCCCAGUUCACUACCCCUGGGACAGGUCUGCUUUCCUGAAGCAGAGGAAGCAGCAACUACAAACUGUCAUGGAUGAACUGGACCCACACAAACCUGACAUGUCAUCACUGGCCAUCACUGGUUUCAAGCAAGGCCCAAAGCUUGUGGAUAAGGAGGACGAAAGAGAGGAGCCAAGGACCAUGUCUGAAUUUGAAGAUUCAGUCUUGGAAGACCAAGAAAAUCUUGACCCACUGAAGGACCAUCCUGAUGUUGUCCCAGAGCCAAUCUUUGGUCCAUCCAUCCUAUUUGCUGGCAGGCCAGCCAGGUGGACAGGGGACAGCUACAGCUUCCAGGGUCAGCAGGCAUUUGAGGCCAGGGUGACCUUUGAGGGCUACUCUGGACAGAGGAAGACAUCCUUCUUGGAGGUUGUCAACAACGGAACCACCUCCAUUUAUUAUGAUUGGAAGAAAUUGCCAAAAAGCAACCCAUUCGAUAUUGUGAAUUCAAGAGUUCAGAGAUUUUACUUCAACACCAGUGGUGGUGUAAUUCUGCCUGGAGACACCAUGAAGUUCCCCUUUGUCUUCAAAUCUCCCAAUGCUGGUGUCUUCACUGAGCAGUGGCAGUUUGAAACCAGACCUGUGGUGUGUGGAGGCGCCUCCCUGGUGGUCACAUUGAGGGGUGUCGCACUUCAAGAAGACAAGUUCAAGCAUCAAAGGAGUGAGAUUGAGAAAGAACUAGCUCACAAACAAGCAGAGCAGAUCAUCCGUCAGAUAGUAGAUGAUGUAGUAGAAGGGGUGCAGACUCCAGACAGAGCCAGAUCACCAGUAGAUGCUUAUAUAACCAGAGAAGACAUCUUUGAGAGAAAAAACCAAGGGAUGCAUUUCUCCAAUGAAACUGUGACAGAGUUAAAUGAACUCUACAAAAACUUAUUCCCAGAGGAGGAAAGAGAUGAUGUGGAGUGGGAUCUUUCCCUUGAAACUUUGCGAGAGGCAAUAAUGGAAAUGGAUGAAGAUGAUGAACAAAAGCAGGAGUUCCUUCAGCAAUUGAAUUCUGCUGUCAUCUCUUUGUCAUUCCCUCCUUUUUCUCCAAUACAACAGGAAAUGUACAAAGUGGCGUACCAAGCACUACUUGAGACUAUUGACUCCAUAGUUGGUCAGUCCAUGAUGAUACGUCAGGUAUUGGGACUCCCUGAGAAAGAAUUUGAGGAGUUUCCAGAGGGAGAUAUAAGAAAAGUCACGAAGUCAGGCAAGACUCAUAGUACUCCGCAUACCUCCCAUUCAGAGAGGCCUGGUGCAUCACAAAAGGCUGGUCGGGGUCAGGAUUCAAAAAAGGAUUCCAAAGCAGGGCAGAAAGGAGGAAAAGAUGCAAAAACACCCAAGGGUAAAGAGAAAGAUAGUGGCAAAGACAAGGAUCGCGGGGGAGGAAAACUGACAGCCAGCCCUAAGAAGCCACCCAGCCGACAAGCCCCCACACCCUCUUCACAGAAAGACAUGGUGGGAGAUAGAGCUGCAACAGCUACCCCUCACACGGGCAAUAGUGCCUUUACCCCAGCACCAGAUGUUGAUCCAGUAUUGGAUAGAAAAUACAAAGAAAAAUUAUCUGUGCAGACUUACAACUUGCUACGUGAGAUGGUUGACCGCAGCACAUAUAUGUUUGAAGAUAUUCGUAGAAAUGAGGAUGUUCUUGCCUUAGCUAAGCUGGGACUACAGGGAUAAAAAAAUGGACAACACACAAAUCAGAACAGAAAAACCAAAAAGGAUUUUUGAGGGCAAAAGAAAUCAAAAAGACCAAAAAAUAACCCACUGGAAUAAUUACUUCGAGUAAUGUUUUUUCGUGACCGCAUCGAGCCUAAGAAAUGCUAGCAAGCAUCUUUGCACAAAUAAACAAAUUUUUAAUUGAUCUGUGAUAAGUCAUUGGUAAGGGUUUGGUUUUACCACAUGCUAUUUGAACUCCAGUUGAUCUACAGUGGUUUCCUGUUCAUUCACUUACUGGUUACCAGAAAAAAAAAGUGCAUAUGAAAUAUGUUGCAGACUUUAUGCAAUGAGAGUAGUUAUAUUUUCCAGAUGUUCACCUUUUUUCACUGUCAUAAUGCCAGGACAGCUACAGGUAGCAGAAGUUCUAUUUUUAGUUCAAUUAAUAGACCCUGCUUUCCAUAUAAUCUUUUGAAGGAACAGGUGUGAAACAGGUUGUUAUGGCAACGAGGACAAAUAAUAAACAACACUGCACCCCUGGGGGUAACUGACGGCAUGCUGUAGCUCCUUCUGAAAUGUCCAUUUUGCAUUCAUCUGUCCAUUUUAUUAUGAUUAUUUUACUUACCAUUUUUUUAGUGGUUAAAGGAUUAAACUUGUAUUGAUUCAUAAAUUUUGGUUAAAUAAAUUCUAUGUGUAAAUUGCAA